AUGUCCAAACGAACGCGAGAAGAGCGAGAGUCCAUUGCGACCCCUCAGAAAAUUGAUAUCAAGCGUCGCAAGAGUGAGGAGGAUGUUGUUGAUGCCGCUGAGGUGGAGACUACACCCACCAAGCCUGUGACCGGCAUCAAGUGGACUCCCAGUGAGGAGGAUGUGGCUGAUGCCGUUGCCGAGGCUGCUGAGGAGACCAAGGCGAUUGCCGCCGAGACCCAGGUGGUUGCUGAUGAGAUCAAGGCGGCUGAGAAGGAGGUCGAGGAGCUCAAGGAAGAGGUGAAGGCUGAUGAAAACGAUACCAAGCAGGAGUCUAAGGAGGUUGGGAAGGAGGCUGGUGAUGCUGGAUCCAAGCAGGAGUCUAAUGCUGAUAAUAACACUGAGACUAAGGCUGAUGAGACCACCGGGACUAAGGCUGAUGAGACCAUUGAGACUAAGGCUGGUGAGACGGCUGAGACUGUGACUGAGUCUGCUACUGAGACCAAGCUGGCCAAGGCAGCAGAGACCAAGACAGAAUCAUCUGCACCCGAAACUAAGGACACAAACGGCGACUCGAAGCCAAAGCACGUGUUUGGAACCAAUUCCAAGUUUUCGGGCGGAUUCGGAGCCUUCAAGGGCGGAUCUUUGUGGGGCAAGCCUGCUUCAACCACCACCUCUUCUAUUACCACCCCUGCAUCUCCUGCUCCUGCAGCUGCUUCUACAGGCUCUUCCGGCUAUGUGUUUGGCUCGGCCACCAAGUACUCUGGGGGCUUUUCCUCGGUGCUAAACAACCUGAAGAAGGACGAUACCAAGUCUGACAACCCAUGGGCCGAGAAGAAGAAGGAGGACAAGACCGAGGACAAGAAGACAGAUAAGGAUGGUGAGGACAAGAACGACAAGGACAAGGAUGCGGACGAUAAGGAAAAGGAAAAGGAGCAAGAGCUAGAAAAGGAAAAGGAGGCUGAACAUUACAUUGGUGUCAGUGCCCCGUUGGCCAAAAAGGAGUCUAUGGAGACCGGAGAGGAAGGAGAAGAGUCGAUCUACACAUGUAGAGCCAAGUUGUACUACUUCGACCUGACCAAUACCACUGAGGGAUGGAAGGAACGAGGAGUUGGUCAGGUCCACAUCAACAAGCUCAAACCAGAAGACGUGACCGAGACAUGCAGCGGCCGCAUCGUGAUGCGAACAGACGCCGUUCAUCGAGUGGUGCUUAACAUGGGUCUGGUUAAGGGUCUGGAGGUCCAGGCAGGUAUGGGAGCCUCUCUGUCCAGUGACAAGGUGGUUCGUAUUUCCACCAUUGAGGACAAUAAGCCGGUCCAGUAUGCGCUCAAGACCGGUAAUCCCGAUGCCGCCAAGCAGUUGUUGGCAGGCAUCAAGGGUCUCAUCCCUGUUUAA